AUGCUCUUCCCUUCACUGUCACGGUCCUGUGCGUCCCGACGCGUCUUGCUCGCGUCGUCGCGCCGCCUCCACGCGUCCGCCUCGGCCGUCGUCGAGCUCGACUACUCGAAGAAUGUGCCCCCAUCCGGCAACGAGACAGACAAGCCGCUCGUCAUUCUCCAUGGAUUAUUCGGAUCCAAGCGGAACUGGAUGUCGCUGUCGAAAGCGUUCGCGCAUGAGCUGCAUAGGCCGGUCUAUGCCUUGGAUCUCCGCAACCAGGGAACCUCUCCCCAUAAGGAGCCGAUGACCUAUAGCGCAAUGGCGGGCGACGUCUUGCACUUCCUGCGCACACACAAUCUCAACAACGUCUCCCUGCUCGGGCACUCUAUGGGCGGCAAGGUAGCCAUGAGCGUUGCUCUGGACCCGGAGCUGCCGGAGGGUCUGCUCGAGAACCUCAUCGUUGAAGAUAUCGCACCCUCCAAGGGUGCAUUAUCCCCUGAAUUUCAAGGCUACAUCCAGGGUAUGAAGGCAGUUGAUGCCGCGAAGGUGAAGAGUCGCAAGGAAGCCAGGGAUAUUCUGUCGAAAUGGGAGAAGGACCCCUCCGUUUUGCAAUUCCUGCUCACUAAUCUGGAAGUACCACCGCUGGUCGAGCACGGGCACUUCAAGAUCCCCUUGCAUAUUCUGGAGGAAUAUAUCGACUCGUUGGGCGACUUCCCGUACGAUUCCGCCAAACGGCAAUACCAAGGGAGGACCCUCUUUAUCAAGGGAAGCAAAAGCAAGUACAUCAACAAGAACAACCUGCCAGAAGCACAGAAGUUUUUCCCGAAUAUGGAGCUAGUAGAGUUGCCUACGAGUCAUUGGGUGCAUGCGGAGAAGCCGAACGAGUUCAAGAAGGUGGUUUCGCAUUUCAUCGGUGCACUUCAUUCGCCAGAGUAGAUGGUUCCAUAGAUGGUCGAAUGAAAAUCUUGUAUCACAAACAGAGGCCUGAGUAAGCUCCGGAAUACAUGAAUAUAGAUGGAAGAUGAGUGCAAGUACAACAACAUGGUAUGCAAUAGGUGGUAGACACGACGAACAAGACGAGGGACGCGCUUAAGCCCGCUUCCUCUUUUUGUUCGCCUUCUCCGCCCGCUUCUUCGCCCGCAGCUCCUUCUUCCCCCUCGCGUCCACCAUCUGGUACCUCCCCUUCACCCCCU